AUGACCGCGCGGAACUUCCAACUCGGACUCGUCGAUCCCAGCGAGAACGCUCUACAAGACACCAGGAACUGGCCCGUGCGCGGCUCCGCGCCGAAGCCCAAAUACGUCGUAUUCCAUCCUAAGGAUAUACCCGAGCUAUACCCGGAGAAGAUCUUCGAACAUCCGGACAAGUUCAAGCCGGUGAAGGAUUGGAGGGGACGCGUCGUCCUUUGGGGUAUACUACCGAUACACCCCAAGGGAACCGAAUGGGGGGGAUUCCAGAAACACGGCGAGUUCAUCGGCGAGCGAAAGUUCAUUGGGAACUUCUAUACUAAUACACCAGGGUUCCGAGCGCCCGGCGUACCGCAUCGCAUUCCCGAGAAGCAGUUCACUGACGUACUCGUUGAGAAGCAGAUCAAGCGGCUGCGCGCAAUGGAUCUGGGCGACCUCGUUCAUCGUGAUUAUACGUUGAAGAUAUGCCUCGAGAAAGUAUUCAACGCCAAGGGGAACUACCGGAUCUGGCGAACGUUCAAGGUCUCGGGCGGACUCUCCAUCGCGGCGCUCGCCGACAAGGUCCUUCUACUGGUGAUGGGAUGGGUCCGCAACUACCACGCGCAUGCAUACACGACAUUCUCGAACGGGGCGGUAUACGGGCCAUCAGAAGCGAAGACGGUCGACAUGAUGCACGACCAAUCCAUUGGAUGGAACAUGAUCCCGGAGAAGAGCAAUCGCGGUAACUGGACCCUCGCCCAUCUGCUCCAGAAAGAGGGCGAACAGAUGUGGUGGCUGUACGACUAUGGCGAUAGGUAUACGCACUUGAUCACCGUAGAAUCCAUCGCACCCCUCUCCUCCUCAAACGGAAAGUUCGCCCUCCUCUCCGGCUCCGGCGCAUGCCCCUACGAAGACGGCCACGGCGACAUCGCCUGGUCCAAAGACAUCCAAAAGCUCGCGCACCCCUCCACCCGCGCACCCGUCCUCGCCGAGAUCCGCCGCGCGAUGAACUACAAACACGCGUCCAGCUCCAUCCUCAACUCGUUCGACCCCGACCACUUCUCCGUGGACGAAGCGCGCCGGCGCGUACACGCAGCCCUCGCCAGCCCCGAUUCCGUCCUGAGCGGCGCGAAGCGAUGGGUGUAUCCGUUACAAGAGGCAGCGAAGUAUGACUCGGAGGUGCCGGUGGAUAUGCGUGCUCCGGGGAAGGGACAGACGCUCGAUAGGGAAUGGGACGGGGAUGGGAGGAGGUUUAUGGCGGAGGUUACGUCGGAGAAGAGGGAUAGGCUGAGUACGGGAUGUUGCUGGACGUGUGGCACGCCGCAUGGGCUGUCGAGCUGCUCUCGCUGUCAUAAGCCGUUGUACUGUAGCAAGGAAUGCCAAGCUGUCCACUGGAGGGCCGCCCAUCGAAAGGAGUGUAAACAGUGGAGUAGAUAA